UUACCUUUGGGCCAGAAGGGGAGUCGCCCUCGCGUCUCCGCCCCGCCAGCACAAGAGGUUCGUUGUUACAACUUCUCAGUAGGAGCCUGGCGAGCGGAAAGGCGGCUAAACUUUAUUCUUUCGGAACCUUGCAAGGAAAAAAAAAGAGUAGAAAACGGCGCGCUAGAAAAGCAGGUGUCCAUUUCGAGGGCAUUGAGUCUUCCUGAGAUAUCAUGUCGCACCCCUCCGCUCCUCCAGGCUACGAUGACCGGAACCCUCUCUACCCUCCACCACACGGAGGGUAUCCUGGAGGUUACCCACAGCCUCCGCCCUAUGCGGCUGGAUACCCACAGCCUGGAGGCUACCCACAACCUGCGGGAUAUCCACAACCGGUUCCUCCUAUGCCUACCGUACCAAUGAAUUUUGUUGACAGCUAUGGCAACGGUGAUUCUGGAGAUGGAGCAUUCGCAGUAGGAGACUGGGGUGAUAAGAAAGUUCGACAGACUUUCAUCCGCAAGGUCUACAGUAUUAUCUCAGUGCAGCUUCUCCUGACCGUGGGCAUCAUUGCGAUCUUCACCUUUGUUGAACCUGUGUCCAGUUUUGUGCGGAGAAACAUUGCCGUCUACUAUGUGUCCUAUGCUGUAUUCCUGGUUACUUACCUGGUGCUGGUAUGUUGUGAGGGCCCACGGAGACGCUUUCCAUGGAAUCUCAUCCUUCUCUUUGUCUUUACCUUGGCCAUGGGAUUCAUGACAGGAUGCAUUGCUAGUGUGUACAGUACAAAGGCUGUUCUACUUGCCAUGUUAAUCACAGCUAUUGUGGCCAUAGUUGUCACCCUUUUCUGCUUCCAAACAAAGGUGGAUUUCACAUCCUGCACUGGCUUGUUCUGCGUGUUGGGCAUUGUCGUCAUGGUGACUGGGAUAAUUACAGCCAUUGUCCUGUCCUUCAAAUAUAUCUAUUGGCUUCACAUGUUGUAUGCAGCCAUUGGAGCAAUUGCCUUCACCCUGUUUCUUGCUUACGACACCCAGCUGGUGAUAGGCAACCGAAAGCACACCAUGAGUCCUGAGGAAUAUGUCUACGGAGCCCUCAGAAUCUACACAGACAUUGUCUACAUCUUCACCUUCCUCCUUCAGAUUAUAGGCAGCAGAGAAUAGAAGAUGGACUCUUGGGUGCUUUGUCUGGACUUUCAGCAGCCUUCCCCAGAGGCCUUGGGGAUUGUGACUCUCGAAAUAGAAUGUUCUGCUGCAUGGCUCUUGCCUCAAACCCAUUUAUACAAGCUACUUAGAGGACUGAUAUAGCAGACAGAAAUAAGAGAUAAAGGUGGGAGCCCUUGUAUGGAUUAUAGUGUAGAUCCUAACCUGCAAGAUGCAUAUUAUUUUUCCAUUUCAAUGUGUGGAGCCUCUUUCUGUUUCUGCUGCUCUGGAUACAUGAAUGUAGAGUGUAUUACUACUUUGGUGUGAUGUAACCUAGCCCUUUUAUUCUGCUACAUUUAUUUUAUCUACUUCUCUGCAAUGUAGCUGCCUCAUCCAGUUAAGAAAUCCAAAGCUCCAGGGCUCUGUUACAUAAGUGCAAAUAAAGUUUAUAUUUUUGAAUUAAGAUUUCCUAUAUUUAUGGUUUAGAGAUGGGGAGCAAUGUUUACAUUGAUUGCCUUAGUAAGGCUAAUAAUAGGAUCAUGUACAUGUCCACUGAGGAGUAAGUCCUACCAAGGUUAGUGAGACUUACUCUCAGAUAAAUGAGUACAGGAUUGCAUCCUAAGGCUGCAGUCCUUUGCAUAUCUACCUGGGAGUCAUUCUCUGCUGAAAUGAAUGGAGGCUAUUUCUAAGUGACACAUGCAUAUCUUGGCAUUUUAAGAUAACAACCCUGUGCCCACUUACUUGGUAGCAAAUCUAUUUGAAAUCGUUGUUCAUUUCUGUGCAGACAUUUAAAUAAAUGGUUAUUAUUGUA